AUGGAUGCUCCGUUUUAUAGGAUACACCGUAACCACCCUUCUCGCUCUCCCUACUACUACAACUCCCCUUCCUCUUCUCAUCAAUUCCCAGUUCAACACAGAACGACGGAGCUCAAUGUUCCAAAGAAAGUGGUGUCAAUUCCAGUCCGUCACGUCGGGUCGGAGAGGAGCAGAUCCGAAUUUGCUAUCAAGAUCCAGAAGGUGUUUAGAGGAUUCCUGGUGAGGAAAAGCAUGAAGAAAAUUUUGGCAAUUAAGAGAGAAGUUAGUGAGAUUGAGGAGAGGGUUUUGAUGAAGGAGAGUGUGGAAUUGAUGAGAAGAGAUCAGAAGGAGAAGAUGAAGAUCAAUGAGAUGUUAAUGAGUUUGUUGUUUAAGUUGGACUCAGUGCGAGGAGUGGAUUCUGGUGUUAGGGAUUGCAGGAAGGCGGUUAUUAAAAAGGCCAUUGCGUUGCAGGAGACUGUCGAUUCUAUCACUGCUGCUGCUAAUGAUGAUGAUGCUGGUUCUGUCAAUGGAGCUGAAGAAAUUAAUGAUUCUGUUGUGCCAGCUGGUGAGCAAGGCGUGGAUGAAACAGCAGUAGUAGGAGAGGAAGAUAAGAGAUGCGAGGCUAAUAGCAGUCUUGAGAAUGCUGUUGAUGAAUUGCAAAAUCGUGUUGUUGUGUCUGAGGCUGUUUCUAUGCCUGUUGAUUCGAGAAAGGCUGAGGAAGAGGUGAAUGAAACUAUCGAAUUGCGAGGAGAGAUGGGGAUUGCUGACACGGUUUGUGAAGGUGAGAAGAAUAUGGAAUUGGCUGAAGUUGGGGCAGAUGAGGAUUCGGAAAAAGAGGAGGUUGGUGAUGCUGCUCCGCCUGUGUUGAUGGGAGAUUGUGACGUUGAGAGGGUGCUGGAAGUGGUUAAUGAAAAUCUUAAAUUACAAGAGGGAGAGAAUGAUGACAUGGCUUGUGAAGGAGAAGAUGGAGAAUUGGAAGAACAAGUGGAUAAAGAAGGUGACAUGGUGGUGUCGAUGAUUGAUUGUAUAGAAAGUUUCGGAACAGAAAGCCAGUCUGAUUCUUCAGCGAAUCCUCAGAGUUUGAUUGAAGGAGAUGAAGAAGAUUCCGGUGGUAAUGGCCAGGAUGCACUGGGGAAAAAUGAUGGUGAUGGUGUGGAAAUUCAUCAACCAGACGAGAAGAAAGGGGAUACAGGAGUGAAAUCCAAUGAUGGGAGAAAGGAGGAGAAGAGGAGGAGCAAAGAGUUGCUGGAGAGGAUGGUGGAGGACAAUGAGAGAAUGAUGGGAUUGAUGGCUGAGUUGUUUGAGAGGAAUGAGGUGCAAACAAGGUUGCUGAGUUCGCUAACGCAGAGGGUUGAGCGACUGGAGAGGGCUUACGUGUGCGAGAAGUUGAGGAGAAAGAAAAAGAGGAAUGCUGCUGGGUUAGUGGAUUGUUUGGAAACAACACAAGAUUCUAAGAAAUGUGGGAAGAAAUUCUGA